AUGAUCUCCUGGUCCUUGGAAUCUGGCGACGAGGGUCCACUUUCCGGUUGGGUUCUCUCCCCAGGUGUGGGUGGUCAUGAAUGGCCAGUUGGUGAAUCCGUCCUUCGAGUCGUCAUCCUUUGGUCUUCUGGAGAGAAUCAUGGUGCGGGUUCCCAUUGGAGAGAUCAGGUAACGGACUUCGUAUUGGGUUCCAACGCAUCCAUCGGUCUCGAUUUCGAGGAUCAGGUUUCCAUCGGCAGGGAUCUCACUGGAAAAAUAAUGAUUUAUAUCUUUAAAAUGAUAACGUGGUGGGGCGGUCUUCCAUGCCAUAGCCAACAUAACCAUUUCAGCAGCAUCCAAAACUCCGAAUCCGAAGAGAUGGUUGUACUCGAGUCCGACUCCGUUCAUUUGCCACUCGAAAUGAGAGCAGUUUCCAUGAGAAUCUCUGUGGUUGUCCUUGAUUCCGAGGGAUGGGAGUUCACGGCAUCGUCCAUCGAAAAGAGAGUUACGGCUGGAAGUCAAGACGGUCAAGUGUUGAAGAUCUCUCCAGUCAUCAUCCUCUCCUCCGUCUCCACUUGCCCAAACGAAGAUGGAUCCAAGUCCGUUACGUCCCUCGUUGACACCUUUCACGAUUGCUCGCAUUGUGGCGUUACGUGGUCCAUCAACAGUCUUUCCAUCAUCAGUUGGACCCCAGGAGGCCGAGUAGAUGUGGAUCUUGUUUGGCUCGUGUCCCAUCGAGUUGGCUUCAAUGAGAUCGGUCAUGUACGGCUGGUCAAGCAUCCGGAUUCCUGCGACCUUUCCGUCGUAGGCGACUCCGACACCGCAGACUCCGUUGUCGCGAGCGGCAACGAUUUCUCCGGCACAGCGAGUUCCGUGGGAAUUGAACCAGUCAUCAGUGUAUCUUGGAUAUGGGAAUGGAUCGUUGGAAGAGAAGUCGUACGAUGCUUCGGCAUUCUGGAAAGAUUGAGAUGA